CGUUCCCACCACUCCUCCCUUUCUCUGUAUUUUUAAGGACCGUCCAGCAGGAGGAUUUUUCAUACCUUCAAGCAACCAUGCAGCUCUCCUGGCUUCUGCUCUUUGCCUCAGUGUGUGCAGUGCAUGGGGCUACGGUGCCCCGUGCCUUAUGGCAGUUUGCUCAGAUGAUCCAGUGUGUCCAGCCCAGUGUGAACCCCUUCAUCUACAACAACUAUGGCUGCUUCUGCGGAUUCGGGGGGGGUGGCACCCCCGUAGACCCAUUGGACCGGUGCUGUGAAGUGCAUGACAAGUGCUAUGCAAAUGCUAAGAGACUUCCGGAAUGCCGCCCCAUAGUGGACCUGCCAUAUGUGAAGGUCUAUGACCACAGCUGUUCCAACAAUAAGGUCAUCUGCUCAGGCUCCAAUGAUAAAUGCCAGGCUACUGUGUGUGAAUGUGACCGGGUUGCUGCCAACUGCUUUGCCCAGUAUCAACAUGCUUACAACUCCAACCACAAGAACUUGGACAAAAGCCUGUGCAAAUGACAAACUGACCUCAAAUCUGAGGACUGAAAACUGCAAUUAAUGUGAUGAUUUCUGACAAAAUGUACCCGAAGGAAAAAAUAAUAACAGGGUGACAGAAACAAAC